UUUUUUUUUGAAAAGAAAAUCUGCUUAUUUUUUGGCUAAUUAUGUUCGGCAGUUUUAGGUUCGUAAGUUAGGUGAGUGUGUUGGAGAGUUUCAAGUUUUGUUGUUUUCUGGGACGAGACGUAUGCCAUUCUUGAUUAGUGUUAAUUAACUGAUUUCUGGCAGUUUUUCUCGUUAUAUUUUACAUUUGUUAUGGUUUGGUUACUGAUUUUCUUUCUAUUUAUAUACUUUUAAUUUGAGUAAUUUAUCUUCCCUUCUGUUGGAUUGUGGCACAACUUUAACUUGCCAGUGGUUGCCUAUUUUGAAUUGGUUAAUAGAUGUAAAAUAUUCUUUGCACGUUGUUGUUAUGGUAGAUUGCAAAUGAAAUCUCAUGUGCCUAUUUUCUGUCAGGUUUUUAAUGUUUUUGGGUAUAAAAUUUCAGCUGUAACUGUUAGUACUUAGUUAAGCAUGUACACCAAACCUAAUCAUCCUUGAAACAAAACAGAAAAAGAGAAUUAAAGGCAAAAAAGUAUAAAAAGAAUGGAGGAGAAAAUUACAUCGUCUGUAAAAAUUUAGCUGCUCUAUCUCAGGUGUACCAUUGAGCUACUGUAAUUUGCGUAUUUAGAACAAAUCCAGUGGGCCCCAUUGAGCUUUACUUUAGAACUGGAUUAUGUGGAUAUAUGUCAAGAGUGCCUCAAUUUUGGUCUGCGCCUAAACUUCAAUAUAGGUUUGAUCCAUACGUUUUUUUUUUGUGAUAAACACUUAUUUGUUUUUGGUAGGUCCGUUUUAGUUUUAUGGUCAAUGAAUUAGGACAAUUUUGAGUACAAGAUUCUUUCUCUGCCUUCUCAUCCUUAGUUUGCCAGUAUACCUAAUUACCUAUACGUUUGCAUUCAUGUUAGUCAAGAUAUAGAGUAUGGUCGGUUUCCCCAUUGAAAUUUGGCAUGUGCCUUUGACUAUACAUUAUGCAUACUCUAGCUUUGUCACCAUCCAAGACAAUAUUACGAGGACCACUGUGUUUUUCUAUGCACAUGGCUUCAAGGUUGGAGAUGUCCUUAGAAGUAUAAGAAUGUAGGCAGUCAUGUAAAUUUUCAGUGCAUGUAAAUAAUUACACGGGCCAUAAUGAUGGUUUUAAAGAAAUGUGAAGGGGUCGGUUGAAUACUUUGACCUUGUUUCCGACAAGGAUUUGAAAUGGUCAUUUCUCCUCGGGAUUACAUACUUGAGAUUUAAUAUCCGCGGCUUUUUUUAUUACAAAAGGUUGUAUGGUGCAGCAAUAGUUACUAGUUCUUAACUCAAUGCAAAACAUUGAGAAUUUUUUGGAUUAGAGGAAAAUGACGGUUUUGAAAUAAUAUUUAUUUCUGACCUUUUUAGUUGCAAUUGAUUUUACUAUGGCUGACUUGAACAUUCUCAGGAGAAAAUAAUUUAUUUUCUUAUGGGCUAUUUUAGGUAAUAAUUUGUUUUUCAGCAUGCAAUAUAAUGUUCGAACUAAUUUGUAUGACAGAAAACUUUGAUUACUAUUAUGGAUAACGUACUUGCUAUCUUGUUAUAACUGAAAGUUUAGACACUCUUCACUGGUUCUUGUCGGCAUUCUUUUUUUGUAACAUUGCUAUUAAUGAAGUGGCCUAAGUUCAUGAUUAUUAGGAUUUAUUUGAUAUAGCACGUCUUAGAGUUACAACACUUUGUGUUUGUGCAUUUACAUAUUCAAGUAAUUCCAAUUUUUGACAUUUUGCUGACAUCAUGGCUAAAGUCAAACAUGCAGACUCGUGUGAAAGCAGUGUCUGGGAGUGGUGGUUAUUGUCCACCUCCAGAGUUACUUAAAACGGCUUCUUUUGGGCAUGAUUUAUAUGAAUGGACCAGCACAAUUUUCACCAAGUUUCCAGGGGGAGAUUUUAUGAAUGCAAGAUUAAUCUUGACUUAAAUGGUGCUUCCCCAAUAUCGACGACAGUUCGGAGAAUGAUUAUUAUCCUCUUGUGAUGGCGGCUGGAAAAUCUGGAAGUUGUAAGAUGUUGGAAACUUUCAAACCACCACCUACCAAGAAAUCUCGAAAGGAGCGGAACCGAGGAAAAUUACCUGGAACAACUGAUGCAUCAGAGGUUAUGGAACAAGAAAUUUGGAAAGAGUUCCCGGAAGACCUUUUCGAAGCUGUCAUUUCAAGACUUCCUAUUGAUACAUUUUUCCGCUUCCGCUCAGUUUGCAAGAAAUGGUAUUCCUUACUGAACUCUCAAAGUUUCUCUCAGCAUUGUGCUGAGGUUCCGCCAGCCCAUCCCUGGUUUUACACCAUCACUCACGAAAAUGUGAAUUCUGGAGCCAUGUAUGAUCCUUCCCUGAAGAAAUGGCACCAUCCCACCAUUUCCUCUCUACCCAAAAAGAUGAUCAUUUUGCCAGUUGCUUCGGCAGGGGGCCUAGUGUGUUUUCUUGACAUUGGUCAUAGGAACUUCUAUGUAUGCAACCCUCUCAAUCAGUCUUUCAAAGAGUUGCCUUCUAGGUCAGUUAAGGUCUGGUCCCGUGUUGCUGUGGGGAUGACUCUCAAUGGAAAUUCCACAAGCUGUGGCUACAAGAUCUUAUGGGUGGGGUGUGAUGGAGAGUAUGAAAUUUAUGACUCCAUGAAGAACUCAUGGACACGACCGGGAAGCAUGCCUUCAUAUAUGAGGCUCCCACUAUCACUUAACUUCCGAUCACAAGCAGUUUCACUUGAUGACACACUUUAUUUCAUGAGAUCAGACCCUGAAGGGAUAGUGUCCUACGAUAUGGUUACUGGUGUAUGGAAGCAGUUCAUAAUCCCAGCCCCGCUUCAUUUAAGUGACCACACACUUGCGGAGUGUGGGGGCCGGAUUCUGCUUGUGGGUUUGCUUACAAAGAAUGCUGCCACAUGCGUGUGCAUAUGGGAGCUGCAGAAGAUGACUCUCUUGUGGAAGGAGGUUGACAGAAUGCCAAACAUAUGGUGCUUGGACUUUUAUGGGAAGCACGUUAGGAUGACAUGCCUGGGCAACAGAGGUUUGCUCAUGCUGUCAUUAAGAUCGAGACAAAUGAAUCGACUAGUUACUUACAAUGUGAUGAGCAGGGAAUGGCAAAAGGUUCCUGGAUGUGUGGUGCCCCGUGGCAGAAAGAGGCAGUGGAUUGCUUGCGGUACUGCCUUUCAUCCUUGCCUCACUUCAACUGCUUAGUUGAGCUUUUGUUUCUGUUUCUGGCGGCAAUAGCAUGUCAGAGAUGAGUUUUUUUUUUUCCAUCUGGAAUUUGUUUUAUGCCUGAAUGGCUGCAAGCUUUCAAAGUAAUCGGAAACAAUGGGAUGUAUGCUGAUAGGACCUUUUUUUUUUUUCCCUGUACAAACUUGUGGAUGAAUAACUUUAAUUUAAGGAGACUUUAAGUUUAAGGAUA